AUGGGGAUGGGUAGUGCCAAGAGAGGAUUUUUCUGUCUUGUCCUUGCCUCUGGGAUAUUCUGGAGUCAGCCCAUUUGUCAGGUACCACCUCAGGGGUUUUCCUUCAUUUCUUACGAAGUUAUUAUCCCAAGAAGGAUGGCACCCCGACGAGGCCGGGAACCGCAAGACCUUACUUAUUUAAUGCAGAUAGAAGGGAAAGGCCACGUGGUACAUCUCAGGCAGAAGAGGAAUUUUGUUCCUAAGCACUUCCCUAUUUUUACCUACAAUGAGGAUGGAGACAUUGAGGUGGACUACCCUUUCAUCAGGAAUGACUGCUUUUACUAUGGCUUUGUCCAUGACGAGCCUUCCUCCCUAGUCACCCUCAGCAGUUGCUCAGGAGGACUCAGAGGCUUUCUACAAGUGGGUAAUAAGCUCUACGAAAUUGAACCUCUGCAGACAUCUGCUACUUUCCAGCAUGUGGUCUACAGACUGGAAGAGAAGGGGAAUGAAAUCCCAAUGAGGUGUGGAGUAAUGGAAGAAGACAAAAAUCACCAGGAGGCCACGAUCCAGAAUGGAGAGAAUAUUCUAAGCAAAAGUGCUUUGAGCGGACUAUGGCAAACAUACCCCAGGUACAUGAAGAUAGCAAUUGUAGUAGAACAUGAACGAUAUGUCCAAUUUGGUAAAAAUGAAACUGUCACCGCUAGACAAGUCCUGGAUGUUGUUCACCUUGCAGAUUCGCUGUACAAGCCUCUUGGGAUUCAUCUGGUGGUGGUUGGAUUAGAAAUAUGGUCACAAAAGAACCUCAUUGCAAUCGCAAAAAGCAUAGAUGAGUUGCUUGACACUUUCAAUACAUGGAGGAAAACGAUACUUGUCCAGCACCUAAGGCACGAUGUUGGCCACUUAUUUGUAUAUAAGCAUUUUGGGAUUAAGUUUGGAUUAUCGUUUGUUGGAUCUGUAUGUGAUCCAAACUGGGCAUCUGCUGUUGAGGCAUUUAUUACUUCUAGUUUGUUUUCUUUCACAAUAACUUUUGCUCAUCAACUGGGUCAUAACCUUGGUAUGCAGCACGAUGAGAAAUCCUGCACCUGUAAACAGCAUUCUUGUAUUAUGGCUCCCUUCCAAAGUAGCACAAGUAAGUUCAGUAACUGCAGUUAUACCAGUUAUUCUAAGCUAAUGGAUACUAGUAGAAAGCAAUGUCUGUUGAUUCCGCCAGAACAUGAGAAAUUGUAUGACCUCAAAAACUGUG